AUGGCCACACCAACCGCCCUGCCGCCCCUACCCUUCAACCCGUCCCGGGCCCGUUCGUACCUCCUCCGCCUGCCGCUCUUCACCCGACUGGUAUUGUUAGCGGCCCUGGUGUUCUGGCUCCUGGAACUGCAGACGGUAUGGAGCGUGGUACAAUGGGGGGCGUUGACGCCCGAUGAGAUCAAUUUGGGAACGAUGUACCGACUCAACACGUACCCGCUGAUCCAUGUGGGCUUCUUUCAUUUUAUUUUGAAUGCAGUGGCUCUCACGCCGUUGCUGGAGCGCUUCGAGGCUGAGCAUGGUACUUUGACGGCGGUCGCGCUGUUUAUCGGACCGCUCUCUACCCUUCCGGCUGGUCUGUACCUUCUGAUUGAAAAGGGUAUCUUUAACCGGAAUGCCUCCGUCGUGGGAGCCAGUGUCUGGGUGUUCCUUCUUCUCGCCUCCGAGGCGAUCAGGACCUUCAAGUCCCACCCGCACUUUAGCCUUGGAUCAACCAAGAUCCCGACCUGGACGUCUCCCCUGUUCGUCUGUGCCGUCGUUUCCGCGCUCGUGCCGAACACGAGCUUCCUUGGCCACAUGUGCGCGAUCGGCGUUGGGUAUUUGCUCGGUCUGGGCUACCUCAAGUUCUUCGUCCCCCCGGAGAAGAUCCUCCGCUGGAUCGAAGGCAAGCUCAACCUCCUUGGCCGUCUGCCACACUACGUCUCGGUAGACCAGAAGACAUUCGGUCGCUACGGGGUGCUCCCUACUUCGGCGCCCGUGGGCGACCGGCCGGUGCCCAUGAGCUACCUGCCGACCGCGCAACGCCUGGGACCUUUACUGACCCCGUCCCAACCAGCCGCAAUCCGCAGUUUGCGGAGCAACCCCCAAUUCCUCUACGUGCGCCUCCCCUACCUCCUCUCGUUCCUGUGCAUCGUCGCCGGCGUCGUCUGGCUCGCCCUCCUCCCUCUCGACGACUACUCCCGUCGAACGUACAUCUCCGAGAACGCCCUGCUACCGGGCCAAGUCCACGCCUACUUCUCCGGCAGCGAACAGAACGUGUUUCGCGGGUAUAAGAAGGAGAUUGAGAGUUUGCUUCCGGCCUCUUAUCAUGAGGUGCAGGAGUCGGGUGUGAGGGAUGCGGAGUUUACACCGGUGGUAUCCGAUAAGAUCCAGUCGAUCUUGCGAGCUGCGGGAUUGAAGGUCGCUACGCAGAGUUACGAAUACUCCUCGUCGGGGAUCACCCAUCAGGGGCAGAAUACCUAUGCUAUUAUUAACGCGCCGCGCGGAGAUGCCACCGAGGCGAUUGUGCUUGUUGCGGCGUGGAAGACGGCUAAUGGGGAGUUGAAUCUAAAUGGGGUUACGCUUGCGUUGACGCUGGCGAGGUAUUUUAAACGCUGGUCUCUAUGGUCCAAGGAUAUCAUCUUCGUCUUUCCCCCCGAUAGUAAAUCAGGCACGCAGGCGUGGAUCGACGCCUACCAUGACAUGCAGCCGGCGUCCAUCCAGCCGCUACCGCUGAAGAGCGGUGCGCUGCAAGGCGGCCUGGUAAUCGAAUACCCCUUCGACCACCGAUUCGAGUCGAUACAUAUCGUCUACGACGGCGUCAACGGCCAGCUCCCGAAUCUCGACCUAUUCAACACAGCCGUCGCCAUCGCCGGCGGGCAAAUGGGCAUCGGCGCAAGCCUACAAGAAAUGUGGGACCACAAGAACGACUACCGCGCCCGUCUAGAGACCAUCCUUCGCGGAAUGCUCAAGCAGGGCCUCGGAUACGCCACCGGCGCACACAGCAGUUUCAUGCCGUACCAUAUCGACGCGAUCACGCUGCAGCCCAAGGGCGAGGGCUGGCAGGAUGAGAUGGCCUUGGGUCGUACGGUGGAGAGUCUCUGUCGCAGUCUGAAUAACCUGCUGGAGCACCUUCACCAGAGCUUCUUCUUUUAUCUGCUUAUGCACACUAAUCGCUUUGUGAGUAUUGGGACUUAUUUGCCCAGUGCGAUGCUCGUUGCCGGGAACUUCACCAUCAUGGCUAUUGCUUUGUGGAUGCGGACGGGGUAUUACUCGCGAGCGGCUGCUGCUGCCAAGUCUAGUGAUGAGAAGUCUAGCGAUGAGAAGCCUAGCGAUGGAAAGCAUGGCGAUGAAAAGUCCGAAGUAGAGCAGAAGUCUUCACAGACCGAGACGAAAGGCACCACAGAGCGACAGCUCGCCCUCCCACUCUCUCUCGUCGUGGGUCUCCACCUCCUCGGCCUCAUCCCGCUCUACACCUUCAACAACCUAUCCUACAAGUACUACACACCAGCAACAUACGCCUACAUCCUAGCAGACAUCCUCCUCCCAAUCUUCCUCUCCGCCCUCCUCACCUCCACCUCAAUCACAACCAGCACAAACCCCCACCAACACCACCUCAUCAAAUCCUUCUCCCUCCUCCCCCUAGGCCUCUUCCUCUCCACCCUCGCCACCCUAAACUUCUCCCUAUCAUUCAUAAUCGGCCUCCUCUGCACCCCCCUCACCUUCAUCCACCGCAUCCCCAAAACCGCCUCAAUCCCUGCUCCCCUCCGCUACGCCCUCACCCUAACAGGCCUCAUCCUCCUUAAUCUACUCUCCCCACCCGUUGUUCUGCUCGCUGCCUGCGCGUACUCCGGGACGUCGGUCGAAACGGUGCUUACGCAGGCUGCGUUCGGGUGGGACGUUUGGGGCAUGUGGACGCAGGUUGUUGUUUGGUGUGUUUGGUGGCCGGCUUGGUUGAGCGGGGGGGCUUUGUUGGGGUGUUCGUUUUUUUGA